UGGUCACGGCAAUUGCAGCCUCUGUCAAUCCCCACUUAUAUUACUUAUCGAUCAAACGUGGCGGAGAGGCUGGAAGUGUGUAGGGUCGUAAUAGUGGCGCAAUCAACAAUUUGUCGUCACACUCGCCUGUGCUAUCCUCACCUACACGUGCAGUGUCCACACUAACGUCAAAGUCGGACUUGUAUCGGAGUUACGGACAGUGUGAGAAAUAUCCGGACGGAUUUUAGGGUUGUGUCGUUAGCCCAGAUCCUAGCAGUGUUAUACCGACGGGAUACCUUACUACUUAUCUGUUUGCGUUUUUGCUGUACUAUGAAUAUUUGAACUGCAUUUGACUGUCACUGUUCCGGCUCGCUCAUUAAUAUCAUUGACAUGAUGGUAUGUUAUAACGACAGAGGGAAGCCACUCCACAAGAUCCGGGGUCAGAGGUCACGAUGGACACGAUAAAAAUGGCCGUGAAAGACGCAACGAGCAGCGGAGGUGUCCUGCCAGCCGAUGUCAGUCCGAUACAUCAGUCAAGAUAUACCUUCUGAUGUCGGGAUACAGUGCAAACAAGUCUAGUUAGAAGGUGAAAUAAGAUCAAACAAUUGUGUCAUUAUGGAAUCUGGAAGUAUCAAGGAACAUAUGUCAGAUUAUGAUACCGGAAGUGACGAGGAGAUCGAAAGGAUACUUUCCAAGGCCGACACUGAAAUUGUUCAUGACGGCGAAGACGACAUACAUCUGAACGUGAGUAGGGUGAGUCGAGUAAGCAGCAGACGAGACGAUGACAUACACCAAGAAAAUGUCUCCUUCACAGCUGCUGAAAACGGGCACUGUAGUGAAGGCGAUGAUCCUUACAACGUCCCUCCAGGCCGGAAGUCAGGUUGCUGCGCAUGUUGUUUUUGCGGAAAAGCAAGAAAACACAAAAAUCACGAAGUGUAUCCGAAAUCUUCACCACAUUCAAAGGCACUCAACAAAAAGCCUCAGACUCGUGCCAAAUCUCAAAAUCGCCGAGGCAAACGUUGCAUAAAAUGUUGUAAGCAGUUCGUCGCAUUUCUCUUCUCCCACAUAGGAAUGUGUUCUCUCGUUGUCGCCUAUUCAAUUCUCGGGGGAUUCAUUUUCAAGGAGCUGGAAGCUCCCUAUGAAAAGACAGCACGUGCUAAUGUAGCGGCAAACCGGAAGGUACAGGUUGACAGGCUCUGGAACAUUACGUUCCUCUAUAACGUGUUUCACACGGCUAAUUGGACCGUGGCCGCGGACGAUAUCCUCAGGGACUUCCAGACUCUUAUCUACAAGGCCACGAAGGAGAAUGGUUGGGAUGGCAAAGACGGCGAAGGGGAGGUGCAGUGGUCAUUCGCGGGGGCACUUCUCUAUUCUAUCACUGUCAUAACAACGAUCGGCUACGGACAUAUAGCCCCGAAAACCGCCAAUGGACGGAUGGUCACCGUUGUAUACGCUCUUUUCGGAAUUCCUCUAACUUUACUGUGCUUGGCUAAUAUGGGGUCCUUCCUAGCCAACUGUUUCCGGUUCCUUUACAAGAACGUGUGUCUCGCGGUGAUAUGGCUGUGUUGCCCGUCUCAAGCCAAGUGGCACAGACAAUCUGAUAGCCGCAUUAAAACGCCCACGAAAGAAGAGGCAGACCUUAUCCGAUCUUCAAAGAAGGGAGAGUUACACGAUGAAGUCACAAUCGUUAUAGGGGACAAAACAUCAAAUACAAACAACAAGAACGAGAAAGUGCGCGUACCGAUUCUGGUCAGCCUAAUGUUAAUUGCGGCGUACAUAUUCGGCGGCGCGACCCUGUUCGCCAUGUGGGAGGGGUGGGAUUACCUCGUGGGGUCUUACUUCUGCUUCAUCACCCUCAGCACGGUGGGGUUUGGGGACUUUGUUCCGGGGGCCGGGGUAUAUUCCUUCUCCAAUAAUCAGAAACUCAUUAUCUGUGCGUUCUACCUUAUUUUUGGCCUGUCAUUGAUAGCCAUGUGCUUCGAACUCAUGCAGGAAGAGGUCCGAGCUAAGUUCCGGUGGCUCGGCCUGAAGUGUGGCAUUAUCGAUGACGAACGGAAGUGACCACGUGAUUUAUUUUAUUUUUAAACCCACAUUUUCACCAAUUGUAUGCGAGUUAAUUUAACAAGAUAUUUGGAAUAUCUUGUUAUUUAUGCGUCUUUUCUUAAUUUUCUAUACAUUUAAACAACGUUUUUGUCAAUAAGACAUCUGUUUUUAAUGCACGGGUGUGUUGUAAAGUGUAAUAAUUUUAGAAGAAUUGUAUUUCUCUUGUCUCGGCGUGUGCACAUUAGAAAACUGUUCAGGGUAGGAGGCAGUCACGUGGGUUGUACAAAAAUGUUAUACUUAAAUCACAUUACGCGUGGUGGCGUCACAAUUAAGUCAUUUCAACGUUUUAAGUUUGCAGAACAAGUGAAAAUUUCUCAUAAUUUAGUUAUAUUUGCUAGACAUAUGAAGAUGAAAAUGACAGAAAAUUGGUACUCUUUUAUUCCUGUAUGUCAAAAAACCGUUCAUUCCGCACGCAGGUUUAUGAAUCGGGAGCAAGCCCUUGGCAAAACCUCAGGUUUUACUCCAUUGAUGACCCCUUCGGUAGAAUUUCCUAUCCUCUACACAAACACAUGUGGAGGAGUAUCCUGAUCUUGUUCUCGACCAUAUGUUCAAUGAGUGUUCUAAGAUAAUACAGGUCGUUUUAUGUCAUACUAUAAAAAUUGUUUCACCGGAAGUCGUACUCCCUACAAUGUCUUGUUUCACUGGAAGUCGUACUCCUAACAAUGUCUUGUUUCACUGGAAGUCGAACUCCCUACAAUGUCUUGCUUCACCGGAAGUCUUACUCCCUACAAUGUCUUGUUACACAGGAAGUCGUUCUCCCUACAAUGUCUUGUUUCACCGGAAGUCGUACUCCCUACAAUGUCUUGUUUCACUGGAAGUCGUACUACCUACAAUGUCCCGUUUCACCGGAAGUCGUACUCCCUACAAUGUCUUGUUUCACUGGAAGCCGUACUCCCUACAAUGUCCCGUUUCACUGGAAGUCGUACUCCUAACAAUGUCUUGUUUCACCGGUCGCGUGAGGAAGUAUAUAACAUUUUCUCGUUUACGAAAUUCUCUUCUUCUCAUCGUUUAAUUGGUAUAAAAUGGUUAUUUUUAAAUUCUCAGAACUCGCCUCUCGGAUAUUACAAAACCUGAUCGGAAUUAUUAACUUGAGAUUGGGAUUAUAAUCUACACUCAUGAGUUAGAAAGGCUAACCUGAAGUGGCUGAGGGGAGGAGCCUUAAGUGGUUACAGAGUACACAACUAUCAAAAAACUUCUUCUUUAUAACUAACUGACGGAUUUUGACAAACAAUUCAUAAAGGAUUUUUAGAUGACGAGAAUAAGAAUUGUAUUCAUUUCAGAUUUAGAUUUGGCCAUUGGGCCUCUUGUUUAAUGUAAAACCUUCACAACACACAAUAAUAACGUUGACACUUUACUUGCGUCCCGUGACACACAAAUAAUGAUCUUAUUAUUUAGCAAGAAUGUAUUGUUUCUGUUAACUAGUACAUUUAGCUAUUAUUAUAGUUCAGCUUUGACACAAUGACACAAUAAAAAGACUUAUUUUGGACGCGAAUUUUCCCAUAAAUUCUAUUCGGGGUUCUUUCAAACUAUACGUUUGUUUAAAAAUGGGAAAAACACAAUUUAUAAUGACGAAAACAUCACAUUUCUUUUUCAUUGUCUCUACGUUGAACGAUUUUAAUCAAUAAGUUUUAUCUUUCAUUUAUAACGCUACACGUUGCCGACGUUCUGACAAUUCUAUCCCAAAAAUCAAACUGUGACGGAAGUUUACAACACAGAAUAGAACGAUUAAUGACUCUAGUCUAACUCUGGUUUGCCGAAAAACUGUACCGUGACCAGGAACCAGUAAUCCUUUGUUGGACACUUCGGUACAUCAACGACACAAUAACACUAUCCGACAGUUCGGUACAUCACCGACACAAUAACACUAUCAGACAGUUCGGAACAUCACCGACACAAUAACACUAUCAGACAGUUCGGUACAUCCCCGACACAAUAACACUAUCAGACACUUCGGUACAUCCCCGACACAAUAACACUAUCAGACACUUCGGUACAUAACCGACACAAUAACACUAUCAGACACUCCGGUACAUCACCGACACAAUAACACUAUCUGACACUUCGGCACAUCACCGACACAAUAACGCUGUCUGAAACUUCGGUACAUC